GACUUACGAAAAUUUGCGAGACUUGGGUGCCAAGCUUUAGUUAAAAAUCGACGCUACAACAUGAAGCACUUGCUCAUCUUGGUUGUCUGUGUGCUGGGGGCGUACGCCGAUGUUUCGCAUCUGAGCACCACCGAACCGAAUCGUGGACCACCCAAUCCCUAUGUCUUCAGUUACCAGGCAGGACGAGCACCUGGCCACGUGGAUCGUCAGCACACUGAAGUAUCAGACGGCUCUGGCGUAAUUCGCGGCGCAUUCUCCUAUGUCGAUCCGAAAAACCAGGUGCGCACGGUUCAAUAUGUGGCCGAUGAGAAUGGCUUUCAUCCAAAACUGAGUCAUGAGUUGGAAGACAGCGAGGCUGUCAAGGCAGCGAAGCGCAAGCACUUGGCGCUCUAUCAUCGCAUUGCGCAAGAGCAUGCCAGUCAGACGCCCGGUCAAGCGUCUCUGGCAGCGGCUCCCCAUGCCAGCGCGGCCGUUGUGCAUGCAACCAACAAACAUUUGAGCGAAUUCGAGCGGAUUGCGGCCGAGCAUGCGGCCAUUGGAGCUGCCCAGGAAGCACAGCGUCUGGCAUUGGCUGCUCAGUCUGAGCACAGUGAUGUGGAUAAUGGACAAUACCAUCCUUAAGGAAUUCUGCAAAUGGAAUCAAAUAAAUAACAAAAGCUUUAUAUUGUCCAGUUUACUAUCUUGAUUUUCAGAGUACAUAUAGCAUAUAGUUGAAUUAAAGAAAGCCCGAAAACAGCCUUAUGUUUGA